GUAGCACAAAGCAUUAAAAUGCCUGAAGAAGAAGUGCUUUAUUCUAAUGUGAGGUUUAUAAAAGCAAAGAGGGAGACCAAUGAAAGAGCUUCUCCAGUGGCUAAUCCCACACUCUCUCAAGUCAAUAUUUCAAGGACUCAGCCGUCCACGACAGAUGUGUCUGAGCUUCCUCAACGAGCAGAGCUGAGCGGACAUUCGAAGCUACUCUCAGAGAGAGCGGUCCUGCUGGUUGUCAUUGCUCUCCUGGCUGCUGCUGUCAUUGCUCUGUGUGUUACCUCAUUCAAGCAAGGACAUCACAGAGAGGGAAGAAACAAACAGAAAGAUCAGACGGGUUGUAAAUGUGAAGAUGGCUGGGAGAAACAUAAAGGAAAGUGCUAUUAUUUCUCCAUCGCUAAAACCUCCUGGAACGAGAGCAGAGGUGAAUGUGGAGCUAAAAAAGGAGAUCUGGUUAAGAUAAACAGCAAGGAGGAGCAGGAAUUCCUGGAGAGUAAAGUAAAAGGAACCAAUAACUCUGAUGAUAAGUUCUGGAUCGGACUGAUAUACUUAGCUAAAAACAACACAUGGGUUUGGAGGGACGGAUCACUGCUGAACACAAGUUUGACCUUUUGGAAAAACAAAGAUCAAGACAGUAAGAAUGGGACAAAAGGGGCAAAUCCUGAUGAGCAAAGCUGUUUAAGGCUGGAGGCAAAAGGUGGAGCUAAGCUUUUGUCCUGCAAAACGCGUCAUAGAAGUAUUUGUGAGAAACAAACAGUGACUGAACAUUGUAAAUGUGCAACUGUCUAAAGUUCAGUCAGUCUAUAAAAGAGUGUCAGUAAAAGAUACAGACGUUGGAGUUGCGAUUUGUUUACAAAGUUAAUAUCUAAACUGUAUAUCUCUUCUAGAUUUGCUUUUAGUAAAAAAUAAAAUAUAC